AUGGAAACUGAAUGUGUAACUGUAACAAGUUAUGUACUUGAACAAAGAAAAAAAUAUCCUGGUGCUACUGGUGAUUUAACUAUUUUACUCAAUGCAUUAUUAACAGCUGUUAAAGCUUGUGCAGCAGCUGUACGAAAAGCUGGAAUAGCUAAAUUAUAUGGUUUAGCAGGUUCAUCAAAUACAACAGGUGAUGAUCAAAAGAAAUUGGAUGUACUUGCUAAUGAACUUUUUAUUAAUAUGCUUAAAUCAUCCUAUACUGUUUAUAUAAUGGCAUCAGAAGAAAAUGAAAAUUUAGUUGAAGUCGAAAUACCAAAACAAGGCAAAUAUAUUGUAUGUUUUGAUCCAUUAGAUGGUUCAUCCAAUAUUGAUUGUCUUGUUACUAUUGGUUCAAUUUUUGGAAUAUGGAAAAAACCCGAGAAUUUCAAAGAACCGAUUGAUGCUGUAUUACAAAGUGGUGAACAUAUACGUUGUGCUGGUUAUGCUGUUUAUGGUUCAGCUUGUAUGCUUGUUUUAGCAACACGAGAAGGUGUUAAUGGAUUUACUCUUGAUCCGUCUAUUGGUGAAUUUAUUUUAACAGCACCAAAUAUGACAAUGCCAGAAAUGGGUAAACCAGGAUCACAGAGAAUUUAUAGUAUUAAUGAAGGCUAUGCUAAAUAUUGGGAUAAAGCUAUAACGGAAUAUGUUCAUUCGAAAAAGUUUCCUGAGGGUAAUGCAAAACCUUAUGCUAAUCGAUAUGUUGGUUCGAUGGUUGCUGAUGUACAUCGUACAAUUCUUUAUGGUGGUGUAUUCUUGUAUCCAGCAUCAAAAGAAGCAAAAGAAGGCAAAAUUCGUUUAAUGUAUGAAAGCAUUCCUAUGGCAUAUAUUAUUGAAAAAGCAGGUGGUGCAUCAUCAAAUGGUCAACAAUCGAUUUUAAAAAUUCAACCUAAAGGAAUUCAUCAAAAAUCACCAGUUUUUCUUGGUUAUAAAGAAGAAAUAGAAAUGAUUGAAAAACUUUAUCAAAAAUAUCCUCCUGGCACAUGGGCUCAUGAUUAA